GAAAUUAAUCCAAGGAGGAACACUUAAUACAAUUCCUUUUAUUUUCUUACACACUAUCUUCUCCUUCUACAGACUUAUAAGACAUUAAGAACAUGAAAGACUGACAUAUUGGGCAUGAAGUUCACAGACUGCUGAUGAAGGACAAAUCCUCAUGCUGUGUGAGCUCUAAAUGUGGAGAGUGGAGAGAAAACAAAGUGAAAGCACCAUGAACCUUCAGAUGCGAUGGACUCUUCUUAUCUUAUUGUUUCUACACAACACAGAUAUCUCCUGGGCAGACAGCUUCAUCGUUGUUGGUCCUUCUAAGCCCGUCGUCACUUAUGUCGGUGAAGAUGUGGUCCUGCCAGCCUCCCUCUCACCAGCGCUUAAUGCUGAGGCCUUUCAAGUGAGGUGGUUUACAACUGACUAUGGGUCUCCAGAGCUGUUAUACAUCGAUUACAAUAUCAGGAUACAGACUGACACAAGAAGAACUCUGAGCAUAGACAACCUCAAGAAUGGCAACGUGUCUCUAAUAAUCAGAAAUGUCCGUGUUUCUGAUGAUCAUCUCUACAGAUGUUAUGUGUUCUCGGGACAAAGAGAUGAGGACACUCAGGUCUCACUCACUGUUGAAGUUUUAGGUGCUCAGCCCUCCAUUUCUAUGAGCUCCACUGAAGGCCAGAAGACCCGACUGGAGUGCAGCGCUGAGAAGUGGAACCCCCAACCAGAAGUCACCUGGAGGGACAUGAAUGGGGCAGACGUGACGUCACAGUCCACAAUAAAGUCAGAGCGGGACUCCGAGGGUCUUCUGAGAGUGAGCAGCGUCCUCCCGGUGAAGGAGGAGUACAACGUGUUCAGCUGUCUGAUGAGAAGUAAAGCACCAAAGCCAGACUGGCACUCCGGACUUGGCAUCUACAGUUUCUCCCCAGGGGUCUCUGGCUGGUUGGUGGCUUUCUGCGUCUUGUUGGUUCUUUGCUUAGCGGUGACUCCCCUGCUGGUCAUUCAAUGGAGAAGAAUGAGAGAAACAAACACCAGAUAUGAUUCAAUAGUUAGCGGCUGUAGGAGUCCACAUUGGAAAUCCACUGACAAUGGAAGGACAUGCAGACUGUCCACUGGAGACAUCAUACCAGGAGCUGAACUAGAGUUUGAGUGCUGUGGGCUGACAAAUCUAACGUCACGUGUGCUCUGAGUGCCAAAUGGCUCCUCCAUUACACAUUUAGUCCUCUCUCUAGUCGUGAGUCAGCACAGGGCUGUAGAUAUGAGACACUCUGAUCAAGGACUGGUCUGAGGAGCUCGACUUGUGCUGAUUUACCUCUUUCUACUUGGCCACUGCUCAUCUGUCUCCUGUGAUGGUGAGGUGGCUUCUCAGGGGUCUUCAGAGUCCAUGAAUAUCUGAGCAGUUCAAUUAGUGAAGGCCUUGGUGUGACUGAAUAAACGUGAACUGGUCAGGAAAUUCAAAAUGGGAGAUCAGGCCGGCCAGACUGAAUGUGAAGAGGAGACGAUUUGAAAAUGGUCAGCAUUGAGCCAAUGUGGCCCACCACGUUCAGUGAAGUCUUCUGUGUCUCCUUUGUGUUGGUGCUUCAUGUGUGAAUAGGGAAGGAAACGAAAAACAAUAAAAAUAAACAGCUUUUUAAAUUUAUUUUAUGAUUUUGAAUCUAAAAUUCAUUCAUCUGUUUUCUGAUUCCAAUUAACGGUAGCAGAGAGUUGACACACGACAGUAGAAAUCCAUUUGUAAGGUGCCAGUCUGUGACUCACACACACACACACACACACACUCACACACACACUCUCACACACACACUCACACACACACACACU